UCAUUAUGGAAAUAUAAUAAAAUGGGGGUUAAAACUCAAGACAGAGAAUAAAGUUAUUAAUCUUGCAUAUAAAAACUUAUUGACAGCUACAUCACAGAAAUUCCAAGUGAAGACAAUAGAGAAAGAAUUUAACAUAGAGCCGAUUUUACAGACGGCCACAAACAACCAUCUUUCAGCCGGCUGGCUAUCUCAUAUUUCUGCCAGCAUCACUAACCCCAUUCCUUGCCCCAUCCCUUUAAAAUCUUCUUCAUAUUCAUUUUUCUUUUUCCAUUUUUAAUACAUAUAUAAAUAUACAUAUCUUGUUUCUUCACUAUACACAUCUUUGUUUUCGUUCCAAUGGCGAAAAAAUCGCAGAAGCAAAUCGAGAAAGAGAAUGUUAACAAUGAUUUGAAUGCAAGUAGCACGGUUGUGACAAAGGCGAAACGGACUAGGAAGAGUGUCCCUAGAACUUCUCCGCCUCAACGCAGCUCGAUAUAUCGAGGAGUCACUAGGCACCGGUGGACUGGUCGAUAUGAAGCUCAUUUGUGGGACAAGAAUUGCUGGAAUGAGUCUCAGAACAAGAAAGGAAGACAAGGUGCUUAUGAUAAUGAGGAAACAGCAGCUCAUGCAUAUGAUUUAGCAGCAUUGAAAUAUUGGGGUCAAGAUACAAUUAUUAAUUUUCCGUUAUCAAAUUAUCAGAAAGAACUUACAGAGAUGGAGACUCAAUCAAGAGAGGAAUAUAUUGGAUCCUUAAGAAGGAAAAGCAGUGGUUUUUCUAGAGGAGUUUCUAAAUAUAGAGGUGUUGCAAGACAUCAUCACAAUGGAAGGUGGGAGGCUAGGAUUGGCAAAGUUUUUGGCAAUAAGUAUCUUUAUCUUGGAACUUAUGCUACCCAAGAAGAAGCGGCUACAGCUUAUGACAUGGCAGCUAUAGAGUAUCGUGGACUUAACGCGGUUACAAAUUUCGAUCUCAGCCGAUAUAUUAAGUGGCUUAAGCCCAACAACAACAAUAGUGAAAACAAUGAGAAGUCCAAUAUUAGUCUUUGUCACACUAACUCUAACCAUAAUACCAAUGACACAAACUCUAAUGAAGAAUUGGAAUUUACCUUAGACAAUGAAAUAGUAUCACUCAAUAAUAAUACUACUAUUGAUGAAACCACAUUGGUUCAACCUCGUCCAACUAGUGCCACGUCAGCCCUAGAGCUUCUUCUUCAAUCAUCAAAGUUUAAGGAAAUGGUGGAAAUGGCAUCUAUGACGACAUCCAAUGGUUCAACAACGUUGGAGUCUGAUCAAUUGUCACCAUGUGCAUUUCCUGAUGAUAUUCAAACUUAUUUUGAGUAUGAAGAUUUCAGUGAUACUAUGAUUGAUGAUCUCAACUCCAUUGUGCCUAUGUUUCAUUGUGAUGGUUUUGAGGGUGUUGAGAUUUUAUAAGAGAAUUUGGAUAUGUAUGUUUUUAUUUAUUUAUUUGAUUUUAUUUAUUUAUGUUAUUUAUGAGACUUAUACAUUUUAUAAUUUACCUAAUUAGGAUUUAAUAAGCUUUUAGAUGAAAUAAGUUAUU